GAAUCUUGUGACUUAGCCACUCCCAGCUAAAGGCUACUUCAAAACCAACACUUCCUGAUUGAAGAACAGUCCAAGAGACUAUGAAACUCACGGGGUUAUUGCUCUUUUCCUCCCUUGUCUGCAUUGCAGAUUCCAAUUUUCGAUUCGCAUCAUAUUAUGGCGAUCACAUGGUACUGCAAAUGGCUCCAUCAAAGGCUGGUAUUUGGGGAUAUGCUGAAGUUGGAGCACAUAUAACAGUUUCCCUUUUCAAAGGAUUGGAACCUAUUACAAAGAAAGCUGUUUGGCUGAAUGAGGACACUGCUAUUUGGAAAGUAAUACUAGAUCCUGUUAGUCAUGGUGGGCCGUACUGGUUGCUUGCACAGCAACACUAUAAAGAAGAAGAUACAAAUAUUACACUUCAUGACAUAUUAUUUGGAGAUGUCUGGCUUUGUAGUGGACAAAGUAACAUGGAAAUGACUGUUUCACAGAUUUAUAAUGCUAGCAAGGAAUUAUCUGAAGCUGUGAAUUAUCCAAAUAUUCGACUAUUCACUGCAGCACUUGAGGCAUCUCAAACUGAACUCCAGGACCUUGCAAAAGUGGAUCUACAGUGGUCAGUACCUACAUCUGGAAAUCUUGGCCAUGGUGAUUUUUCUUAUUUUUCUGCUGUUUGCUGGUUAUUUGGACGUUACUUGUCAGAGAAACUGCAGUAUCCAAUAGGAUUGGUGGAGUCUUCUUGGGGUGGAACAUCAGUGGAAGCAUGGUCCUCAAAAAGAGCUCUUAAAAAUUGUGGACUGUCGCAAAGUUGGAACAUGGAAACAGAAAGGCCCUUUUAUGGUGAAGCAAUAACCGGACCGUGUAACAGCUCCAUACUGUGGAAUGCAAUGAUUCAUCCUUUAUUGAACAUGACAAUUAAAGGAGCUAUUUGGUAUCAAGGUGAACAAAACACAAAUAUGAACACAGAUCUAUAUAACUGCACCUUCCCGGCUCUUAUUGAAGACUGGAGAAAAUCUUUCCAUGAAGGGUCAGAGAAAGAAACAGAAAGAUUUUUUCCCUUUGGAUUUGUCCAGUUAUCCACAUAUCAGAAAUCAACGCAAAAGGAUAUGUUCCCAGAAAUACGCUGGCAUCAGACUGCUGAUUAUGGUUAUGUCCCUAAUCCCAAAAUGAUUAAUACAUUUAUGGCAGUUGCAAUGGAUCUCUGUGACGAACAAUCUCCGUAUGGCAGUAUUCACCCGCGAGAUAAACAACAUGUUGCAUACAGGUUGUAUUUAGGGGCAAGAGCCAUUGCUUAUGGUGAAACAGAUAUUGCAUUUCAAGGGCCAUUUCCAGACACCAUUAAUAUCUCUGAGGCUGAAUCAUGUAUAUAUAUCAUUUAUGAUCAGGAUCUUUUAAUAACCAAGCUAAGUGAAGAUGUGUUUGAGGUCUUUUGUAAAAAUGAGAUGAUUGAAGAUAAAUAUGACUGGGUACCUGCGCCAGUGAUGUCUGUAUUUUCAGACAUUGUUAUUGUGUCAUUAAAAGGCUGCAUAAAUGUUUCGGGAAUUAGGUAUGCAUGGUCUGACUGGCCUUGUGACUAUGCACAGUGCCCCUUCUACAGCAUCGACGGAGUACUUCCUGCACCUAUGUUUUUGAAAUAUUUUUAAAAUUAAAUUAUUAUAUUUUUGUUUUAUAUUUUUGGUAUUUAGCAUUACUGGAUUAUUUUUUGAUUAGUUGCUGAUUAUGGGUUGCUGUAUGUAUAAAGUUUCUGUGAAAUAAACAAGGAAAUAUAAGAUACUAAAAUUGUAUAAAUUGUAAAUGUACAAUAUACAGUAUUUGUUGUACAUACCUGUAUACGGUAAAAGCUGUAAUAAAGCGAUAUUUGUUUUUUGUCUUCCAUAACAUCUAUUUUGCCAUUAUGGUUUUGCUUAUAUAUGUGUUUACAAUGUUGGUUAAAAGGUAAUAAAUUAUUAUGAAUCCUCAA